UCACCUCUGUCACCGGCAGCGGGGCCGACAUGUGCCUAUGACCAUGGAGAUGAAGGACUCAGGCAGUGUGGUCCUGACAGCUUACCAUCCCCACAGUCCAGCCAGGAUCCCGGGCAUGGAGCAGAGCUUUGUGCAGGACGUCCCUCCCAGCCAUUCACCCACCAGCAGAAAGUCUCUCCCUCGUUGUCGAAGAAUUAACAGGAUGCUUUCCAAUGAAUCAGCACCUCCUCCUGCAUUCAGUCGCUCCAACUCGCAGGCCUCCAUGGACAGCACAUCCAUGGAGGACUUCUGGUGUGAAGUGGAGAGCAUCAAGGAGAGCAGUGGAGAUGGACCUGAAGAAGCAAUGCUCUUGGAGUUCAAACCUGCUGACGAAGGGGAGCUGGAGGCAGAAUGGCUGCAGGAUGUAGGUUUAUCUACGUUGAUCUCGGGAGCUGAAGAGGAGGACGGCCAGGCCCUGCUGUCCACUUUGACCCGAACUCAAGCUGCCGCUGUACAGAAGAGAUACAACACCUACACUCAGACAUUGAGGAAGAAGAACAAGCACACAGUCCGGGAUGUACGAGACAUCUUUGGCACCAAUGACUCUUCU